AUGUCCCCAUACAAGAAGAACGACCUCCCCUACAUCCACCGCUAUAUCACGACCCACAACACCGAAGGCGAAGCUGUGUUUCUUUCCCAUGCUCAGAUACCCGACUACCUCCCCUCAAAGCCGGCCGGGGAAGAUGGCGAGAUUGCCCUACUGUACGCUACAACCAGCAUGCCAGCGUCAGUUGAUGACGAAGCCGAUGUGGCCAUGUACGACGAGUUUCUGCAUCAACCACCCGGGAUCACAACCGAUGAGGGGACAAUUUUCCGGAUGAUCGACCUCCGUCCUGGAAAGAUCACACCGAUGCAUCGUACUGUCAGUGUCGACUAUGGUGUGAUACUCGAAGGAGAGGUUGAUCUCAUACUGGAUUCGGGCGCGAAGAGGCACAUGCAUCGUGGUGACGGGAAAGAGCUAGGAGAGGAGGUGUAUGAAGACGACUAUUACAAGGUGCGCAACUCAUCCGACACGACCAUUGUUGAACGCAAGUUCGAAGGGUUCCAGAUCUACCGCGAUGACAGUAGCCGUAUUGCCGACCUGACGACAGCCUGCCAGACGGCUAUGAAGCAGAGGAUCAAGUGCCAUGAGAUGCCGGAGGCCUGGCAGCAGCCCGAGAUGCGCGGGUCCCUAGACAGCAAGAACCUGACAGACGCCGUAUGCGACACUGGCUGCGGCCGGUCUCUGCAAAGCUACUAUGACGGGGUUGUUUCAGCAUGUCAGGGCCAGAACUUUACCGUCAACUCGGCCGUCACUUUCCCUGCACGCGCAGGAGGCACCAUCUGGACAGGAUACAACGAGACGUGCCUAAAAGAUCCGGACACGGAUGUUUACUGCAACAAUAUGAUUGAUACGUUUACGAUUGUCGAUUCGUACGAAGAAAUGCCGCGGGACCAGCUAUGUUCGUGGUGCUACGUGAACUUGAACCGCAUGAUGCAGUCGUCGCCUUACUCCAUCUUUCAGUCCACGCUGGAGUCUCCGUAUCUUAAGGCACGGCUUGAGUACAUCUAUAGCACCUGCGAGGUCGAGACUGGUCCCACUGACGUUGGCGACACCUGCGAUAGCGUGGCGCUUACCUACUCGGUAGCCUCAGCGGCCCUACAAAGCGCCAACACCGGCUAUAUCACCAACUGCACUACUCUGGCUGCUGGCAACGAGCUCUGCAUCCCGCUCACCUGCCACGAGCUGUACAUCCUGGAGGACACCGACACUUGCGAGUCCAUCGAGCUCGAUACGGGCAUCGGUCUCGGAAACCUGCGCGCCUACAACCCGUGGAUCAAUUACUUUUGUGACAACCUGGUCUCCACUGUCUGGAUCCACGGCCGCACUCUUUGCCUGUCGCCGCAGGGGGGCAUCUACAACGUCUCCACCCCAUCCCUGGAGUCCACCGUCGCCAAUGGCACUACCCUUUACUGCGGCAUCUGGUACGCCGUUGCGGCGGCCGACGAGACGUGCGCGAAGAUCUGCGCGUCGACCGGUAUCACAAGCGAAGUUUUCCGCGAGGUCAACCCCAGUCUGGCUGGCAAUGCGACCGAAGACUGCACGGGGCUGUUGCAGGCCGUCGUGGCCUUUAGCCGUCUUCUUGAUGCAAUCGAAUCUCGACUCCCUCUGAAAUCAACACAUAUUCUGCUAGGAUCAAGUGACGGAAUAGAGCUUCCAUACCCGAACUGGGUCAUAGAGUCGCUCGCGCGAAAGGAUUCUUUUGCUCAAGAAUUCCUCUCAGCUCUUCCUAUUCGCUAUAUCAACUUCCACUAUAUCGACCCAGGGAUUCGGAUUCAAAAUAUAACGGAAUUCAUAGCUCAGCCUUUUGAGAAUCUUGGAGGAUCAUACGGAGACAGAGAUGUCACUCCUCCACUUCUCCUCUUCCGAGGGGGUGGAGAGAACACAACACCCUGGAGCCUGAGGUGGCUUUUAGACGGGCGGAAAGAGAUUCCAGCUGGCUUAUACCUUGAAGCUGUCCAUACCUUUAUCAGUGAUGAUCCAGGAAACGACAGUCGACUCUUACUCCCGUUUGAGGUCGGGCGUAAUGGCUACGCACGAAGUAGCAAUGGACUCUUGCUAAAUGACUGUGGGACUGAUAGGAUGUAUGAUAAGUUCUAUCAGGAUCAUCAACCUACUGGUAUUUUGCCAUGGGGCUCGCAUAGUUCAUACAUUCACAAAGUAUUAGUGAACUGGGCGGAGCGUGUGGAAUCGGGGGAUUGGGAGGUGAAUGGCGACGGUGUUGCGAAUGGAAUUGAGAAGCUCAAGGAUGCCGAUACACCAGAUCAUUGGAUGAAGUACCAAACCUCAUGA